CCCAAAUCUCAACCUCAGAGAGAGAGAAUUUUCCAUGCCCGUAUGUUUAUUAAGUACGUGAAUUAGGGAGCCAAAUUAAUGAUUAAUAAGGAUAGAUAGCGGGGGUGAUUUGCUUGGCCAAUUUUCUUCAUGUUAUCUCAAGCUCUUAGAAGAAAGGCCAAGAGAUCUCCCAAAGGAGGAAGCAUCGAAAAUGGAGAGAGCAGCCGGUCACGCAAUGACGACGGAGGACAUGCUGGAGAAAUUGCUUUUUGCGACGGCAGCUCGAACAGACUUACAUACAGGGAUCUCCUCCUAUCCUCGGUCCAGGUUCUAGGAGAGGGUAAUUUGGGCAUGGUGCAGAAAGUUGUAUGGAUGGAUGGUCUGACUCUGGCUGCCAAGAGGCUUCAUCCUGUGGCCAUUAGCAAAGGGGAAUUCUCUAAGAGAGUAGAGAAGUUGGCCACACUGAAGAGUGAGUAUUUGGUGCCAACAAGAGCGUACUUCUACUCCAAGAGAACCAAGCUAGUUUUGUACGACUACUAUCCCAUGGGAAGCCUUGCCGAUUUACUACGAGGUGCGAAAGAACACGGGCACACUCCAUUGGACUGGCAAGGACGGAUCCGAAUUGCAACGCAAGUUGCAAGGGCCAUCUCAUUUAUUCACAGGCAGAACCCAUCACCAGACAAAGAUCUCCAAAUGAAUGUGCAUGGCAGCAUCAAAUCCACUAACAUAUUCUUAAGGAUCGAUUUCUCUGCUUGCCUCUCGAAUUACGGAUACUUGCAGCUUGUGGAAUCCAUCCACGUUCCGCCGUCUCAAAAAUGUGACGUCCAUAGCUUUGGAGUGGUGCUCAUGGAGUUAUUGGGUGGCCUCGGUGCUGUCUCAAAGGUCAAUUUGGUGAUGGAAAGAAGGGAUGAAAUAAAGACCAGAGAAGUCAAGUUUUUUGACUUUGCUGGUGGAGAGAGGGAGAUAGAGCAAGCCUGCGAGGUGUUAAGAAUGGCUUUGGAAUGUUUGGCAAGAUCACCCGAGGAAAGGCCUUCCAUGGAACAAAUUUUGCUCGUGUUGGAAGCCAUGGCUUUUAAGUGUGCACCCAUUGAUUGUACAAAUUCACAUUGA